AUGUCCAACAAACUCUUCUCAUUUGAUCCCCCGGCCUCGUCCGGCACGUCCGGAGGAAGUCUCUUCGGGACUGCCAACAAGCCGAAUGCGGGAACGGGCUCCUCCGGUGGCCUCUUUGGAAAUGUCGGAGCUCCUGCUAGUGGAGGCACCACGUCCUCUUUGUUUGGCACAGCUUCGUCCACAGCACAACAAAGCCCUUCCCUUUUCGGUAGCGCCGCUGGUACUGGUACCACCGCCAACAGCGGUUCGUCCCCCUUCACUCUUGGGGGUCAGAACCAGUCUUCGUCGACGGGCCAAACAUCAUCCCUCUUCGGUAGUGCGUCGCAAACCCCAAAGCCGAACGAGAACGCCGGUUCUGGGCAGAGCACUGGAGGUGGACUUUUUGGGAAUGCUGCUAAACCUGCAGGUGGUCUGUUUGGAAGCACCACGGCUACCCCAGGACAGUCGGGAGGGGGCGGACUCUUUGGCAGCAACACGUCUACUACUCCAGCUGGCCCGCCGCCUCAGGGAAGUGCCGCAGGCCAGGGUCAAUCUCUGUUUGGGCAGGCAGCCCCGAAGACAGGUGGUCUCUUUGGAAAUAUGAACACGGCUACCACCUCGUCCGCGACACCCGCUUCCACCGCGCCAGCAGCUUCGUCUCCGUUUGGGGGUGCUUCCCAGACUCCAUCGACCGGUGGUGGGCUUUUCGGAUCGGGAACAAGCACGCAACAGAGCACUCUGUUCGGAUCGACCCCAGCGGCAUCCACCGGUGGUGGCUUGUUUGGAAGUGGUAACAAGGAUAAGCCUGCGGAGUCGACGACGCCUGCGACGACUGCAGAGAGCUCUUCCAAGCCACUUUUCGGAGCCGCUCCCUCGAAUGCAGGUGGCCAGGGGACCCAGACCUCGUCCUUGUUCAAGAUGCCAUCUGCUGGCACCGACUCAGCUGCCAAGUCCCCUUUCUCCCUUGGUGGCGCGAACACGACCACUAGCACUUCUCAGACUACCACAACACCCGCCACCUCGUCUGCGACACCGCAAAAGCCGACGUUCAAUCUAGGCGCUACUACCUCCUCCGCAACUCCUUCCUCGACCCCCGCAGCUGCGCCCGCUAGUGGUGGCUUGUUCAACCUGGGUGCCCCGAAGACGACAGCAGCUGGUGCUUCCGGAACGACCGCGGCACCCUCUACCCAACCUGCCGCUGCUGGUGGGUUAUUCUCAAAGCCCGCCGAGAGUACCGCAUCGACGCAGCCGGCGGCCACAUCCACGACGGGCGCUUCCACCACUGCUGGAGCUAAGCCGUCUCUCACUGCUACCUCGGGAGCAACCACUUCCGGUACUGCUGCACCGACUAGUGGCACUACCCCAGCCACCGGGGGCCCUGCCCUUGGCGCGUCGACGGCAGGCCCGACGCCUCCUGCGCAGUCUCGCCUGAAGAACAAAACCAUGGACGAGAUCAUCACGCGCUGGGCGACCGAUCUUACCAAGUAUCAAAAGGAAUUCCGGGAGCAGGCCGAGAAGGUCGCCGAAUGGGAUCGCAUGCUGGUUGAGAACGGUACCAAGGUCCAGAAGCUGUAUGGUAGCACCGUCGACGCCGAGCGUGCUACACAGGAGGUUGAGCGCCAGCUUGCGUCGGUCGAAGGACAGCAGGAGGAGCUGAGCUCGUGGCUGGAUCGGUAUGAGCGUGAGGUCGACGAGAUGAUGUCGAAACAAGUCGGACCCGGCGAGAGCUUGCAGGGACCUGACCAGGAGCGUGAAAGAACUUACAAGCUGGCCGAGAAGCUAUCCGAGCGCCUGGACGAGAUGGGCAAGGAUCUGACUAGCAUGAUCGAGGAGGUCAAUGGCGCCUCCGCGACGCUGAGCAAGACCAAUAAGGCGGACGAGCCGAUCUCCCAAAUUGUGCGCAUUCUCAACUCCCACCUGUCUCAACUGCAGGUCAUCGACCAAGGCACUAGCGAGCUCCAGGCCAAGGUCAGCGCUGCCCAGAAGGCCGGACAAACGCUGUCCUCCCGGUUUGGCCAUGGGUUCAGCAACUCCGGCAUGGGAGGCGGCAGCGCGGCGGACGAUUUCUACCGGUCCUACAUGGGACGGCGGUAA